CUCGCGGCGAUGGUAGUUGACCGUCGUACUCCGACAUGUAACGUGCAUGCACGAGAGUACUUUAAUAACGCUACAUAAAUAUUCAAAUAACAAAUUUGUUCAAAAAAACCUGUACACUAUAUUUUUUUGUGUGAUUAAUUCUAUCACCCGAACUUAUCAAAGUGGAAGAAGUUAUCAGCAUGAUAUAUGCAAUCGCUUUAUCGGUGAUAGUAGGCGCGUUAGGCAUUUAUUAUUAUCUCUUCAAGGAUUUAAAUUUCUACAAAAAACAUGGAAUACCGCAUGCAAAACCUCUUCCUUUCUUGGGUAACAUGGGUCCAUCGCUCUUCCGUCGUCAGUCGGUAGCCGAACUUGUCAAGUGGAUAUACGAUUUAAAUCCUGACGCCAAGUAUGUCGGCAUGUAUGAUUUAACCAGACCGCUCACCGUGAUUCGCGACCCCGAGCUUAUUAAAUCCAUCACGCUAAAACACUUCGAUACGUUUCCGGAUCAUCGCGCCUUUAUCGAUGAAACUCAAGAUCCAUUAUUUGGCAAGAAUCUUGUCGCUCUUCGUGGAAAAAGGUGGCAUGAGGUGCGAUCUAUAUUGAGUCCAGCUUUCACAUCCAGUAAAAUGAAAAGUAUGUUCAAAUUGAUGUCGGAUUAUGGUGCAAAUUUUAGCGAUUACUUGGCGCAAAUGCCGUCGGAAAAGCGGAAAAUGGAAAUGAAAGAUGUCUUUACAAGAUAUACUAAUGACGUGAUCGCUACCUGCGCUUUUGGCGUCACCGUUGAUUCCAUGAAAAAUCCGAAGAACGAAUUCUAUGUGUACGGCAGAGAAGCAACCGUUUUCAGCGCUCUUAUGUUCUUGAAAUUCUAUAUAUUUAGAAGUUUGCCUUGGCUAGCACGAAUACUCCGAUUGAGAUUUGUACGUGAAAAAAUAGGAAAUUUCUUCCGAGACCUUGUGAAGGAUACGAUAAAAACCAGGGAUGAGAAAGGUAUCGUUCGACCAGAUAUGCUGCAGCUGAUGAUGGAAAGCAGAGGCAAAGAAGGUAAAGCAGCACUGACUAUCGAAGAUAUGGUGUCGCAAGCGUUUAUUUUCUUUUUCGGCGGCUUUGAAAGCACUUCGACUUUAAUGUGCUUUGCCGCGCAUGAAAUUGCGGUGAAUCAAGAUGUACAAGAAAGACUUCAAAAUGAAAUCGAUGAGGUCUUGGAAAAGACGAAUGGACAAGCACCUUACGAAGCGGUGAACAGUAUGGAAUACUUAGACGCUGUCAUCAACGAAGCUCUCAGAAUGUAUCCGGUUGGCGUGGCGUUAGAUAGAGCAUGCGUAGAAGACUUUGAAUUACCACCUACCUUACCAGGAAUAAAGCCUUUUACCUUAAAAAAAGGAGACGGUAUAUGGAUACCAGUUUAUGGACUUCAUCAUGAUCCUAAAUACUUCGAGGAGCCGGAAAAAUUCGAUCCCGAGCGGUUUCUUGGAGAGCGAAAGAAUAACUCUCUCCACUGCGGAGCUUAUCUGCCUUUCGGAUUGGGUCCAAGAAUGUGUAUAGGCAAUAGGUUCGCAUUGUUAGAAACAAAGGUCCUUCUCUUUCAUCUGCUGGCACGUUGUGAUCUGAAGCCUUACGAGAAAACAUCGAUACCGCUCAAAAUCGCUAAAGACGGUUUUAAUAUGAAACCAGAAGGAGGUUUCUGGCUGAACGUAGUACCGAGGAAAAAUCCACAUCACACUAUUACAAAAAAGAUAUAAAAAUUCUAAGAAAAUUUUCUUAGCUUAAUUAGAUUUUUGAAAAAUGUAGAACUAGACAGACAUAUU